AUGUCGGUCAAUUACGCGGCGGGGUUGUCGCCCUACCCGGACAAGGGGAAGUGCGGCCUCCCGGAGAUUUUUGAUUCGCCGGACGAGUUGGAGAGGAAGAUCCACCAGUUGGCUGACUUGAUCCAGAAUUCUUUCAGUGUGGUGUUUCACACCGGGGCGGGAAUCAGCACAGCCUCAGGGAUUCCGGAUUUCAGGGGCCCGAAUGGGGUGUGGACCAUGGAGGAGCGGGGCCUGGUCCCCAGAUUCGACACGACCUUUGAGAACGCGAGGCCAUCGAAGACGCACAUGGCCCUGCUGGAGCUGCACCGCGUGGGCAUCCUGCACUUCCUGGUCAGCCAAAACAUCGACGGGCUUCACGUGAGGUCCGGCUUCCCCAGGGACAAGCUGGCAGAACUGCAUGGGAACAUGUUCGUAGAGGAAUGCGUGAAAUGUGGCAAGCAGUACGUGAGGGACACCGUGGUGGGCACCAUGGGGCUGAAGCCCACUGGCCGGCUCUGCGACGCCUCCAAGCACCGAGGGCUCCGAUCCUGCAGAGGCAAGUUAAUGGACACCAUCCUAGACUGGGAAGAUUCCCUGCCGGACCGUGACCUGAAUUGGGCCUCUGAAGCCAGCAGGAGGGCGUCCUUAUCCAUCACCCUGGGGACCUCCCUGCAGAUCAAGCCCAGCGGGGACCUUCCGCUGCUGACCAAGAAGAAGGGCGGGAAGCUGGUGAUCGUCAACCUGCAGCCCACAAAGCACGACAGGCACGCGGACCUGCGCAUCCACGGCUACGUGGACGAGGUGAUGACGAAGCUGAUGAAACUCCUCGGGCUGGAGAUCCCCGAGUGGGCUGGGCCGCUGGUGGUGGAGCGUGCAGAACAGCGAGAGGCCAAGCCGCUCUCCCAAACCGGCGCAGACUUGCCCUUCCUGAGCAAGGGAGAGCCGGCUCCCUGCUGGAACGGUGGCCGGGAGGGCCUGGGACACACGGCGGUCCUGAAGCAGGAAUCCCGCCUGCUGGACGGCGGCUCCGUCCCGGCCAAGCAGCCGAAGCUGGAGCCGUUGCCCACUUGA